CUCCCACAACGCGUCUCCCUCGGCUCUAACAAUAGGAGUCAGUCGGCCACGCCUGCGCCGUAAAGCCUGGGGGCGGGCCCAGCCGGCCACGGGAGGCGGGGAAAAGCGACGCAAAGAGUCGCGACGCCAUUUGCUGCCGCCGAGCGUGGACGCAGGCGGAUCUCUGAAGAGCUUGGUCGCCAGCCUCUCCCGCGCACGUUGCCUGGCCUCCAGCACCUACUUGGUCCCGCGCGCUCCCUCGUGUCGUCCCUCGGAGCAGCAGCCGCCGCGGUCGCCGCUACCCGGAAAGAAGUCAGAGACGCCGCGAGGUCGCCGCCACCGCCAUGCCCAAGAAUAAAGGUAAAGGAGGUAAAAAUAGACGCAGAGGUAAGAAUGAGAAUGAAUCUGAAAAAAGAGAACUGGUAUUCAAAGAGGAUGGUCAGGAGUAUGCUCAGGUAAUCAAAAUGUUGGGAAACGGACGGCUAGAAGCAAUGUGUUUCGAUGGUGUAAAGAGGUUAUGUCACAUCAGAGGAAAAUUGAGAAAAAAGGUUUGGAUAAAUACCUCGGACAUUAUAUUGGUUGGUCUCCGAGACUACCAGGAUAACAAAGCUGAUGUAAUUUUAAAAUACAAUGCAGACGAAGCUAGAAGUCUGAAGGCAUAUGGCGAGCUUCCAGAGCAUGCUAAAAUCAAUGAAACUGAUACAUUUGGUCCUGGAGAUGAUGAUGAAAUUCAGUUUGAUGACAUUGGAGAUGAUGAUGAAGAUAUUGAUGACAUCUAAAUUGAACUCAACAUUUUACAUUCCAUCUUUUCUGAAGAUUGUCCUACAAUUUGGAUUUUGACCAUGACAAAGAAGAUUAAAAUUUCAUUAGCAUGAAUGCAAUUUGUUAAAGCAGACUGAUUUGUUUCUAAGAUAUUUUUGGUUUUUUUAAAACUGAUAAUAAUGCUAAAUUAUCUUAAGUGAGAUGUUAAGCCCACUUUGUUGUUUUAAUGUAAUGGAGCUUAUGGGUAGAAGACCAUGUCUACUAAUUACAAAAAAAAAAAAAAAAAAAAAAAUGCAUUGCUGCUUUUCCUACCACUUCCAGUAAGAAAAUGGGUGUUUUGAAGAAAUCAUUUGCCUUGUCCUCACGGAAUCUGAUUAAGCCUUGGCCUCUUGAUUGUAUGGAGUCAUUGUGUAUAUUCCAGUUACCUAGAUAUUCCCUUGAGAUUUUGAUACAAUUUGAGGGAGGCAGAAAUCUGCAUUUGAAGAAAAAAAAUAAGUUUGUUUGUCAUAUUUAAGUAGCCUGUGGCUAUUUUUAUACUGAUUUUGAUAUCGUGUUCUUUUCAUAGUCGUAUUUUGCCACCGUAAACAUAAAAAAAAAAAAUUUCCAAAAUGCAGUUUUCAGAACCUGGGUUUUAAUAGCAGUAUUGAAUUUGUAAGCUUAGUAGUUGCAGAAAUUGAACACUAGGUGGCCCUCAGUUAUCUUAACAGGGGAAGUACUGAUUUAAUUGUUGACUUUUCUUUUACUAUGUGUAAGAAAUACCCCAAACAUGAAAAGAUUGUUUUGAUCAUAUGCAUGUAUGUAGAAUAUUUUUGCAGAGCAGAAAGAUUAUGUUAGAAGUGUGAUUUUUAUUUUCAGAAGUCAUAUACAUGUAAGCUACAAUUUUGAGUGCUUUAUAAACACUUAAGAUAUAUAUAAAUUUUAAUUUCAUAGCAACUUGUAAAAAAUAAAAUACUUGUUGAAAAGCCUUUUUCAACAUAUCCCUAAGCUAAGGGAAGAGGAAGGAAUAACAACUCAAUGAAAAGAUGGUGUCCAAUUUCUGAAUGAAAAAGCUACAGCUGAGAAAUAAAAUAAAAUGUCAUGCUGCAGAAUAUGUUAUACCCUUAUUUUGUGUUAAGGAUACAUUUUAUUAUGUGAAUGGUUUUGGUUUUGUUUUUUGUUUUAGUUUUUAGUGGUCAACUCUAAUAAAAUGAAACUAGGGCUGAGCUAGUUAGCCCUCACUAGCCAAACUGAAACUGUAUGCAACAUUAAAAGAAGAGAUCCAUCA